AUGGCCCGAGAGAACGGCGAGAGCAGUUCCUCCUGGAAAAAGCAAGCCGAAGACAUCAAGAAGAUCUUCGAGUUCAAGGAGACCCUUGGAACUGGGGCCUUUUCUGAAGUGGUUUUAGCUGAGGAGAAGGCAACUGGAAAGCUCUUUGCGGUGAAGUGCAUCCCCAAAAAGGCGCUGAAGGGCAAAGAAAGCAGCAUAGAGAAUGAGAUCGCCGUUCUGAGAAAGAUUAAGCAUGAAAAUAUUGUUGCUCUGGAAGACAUUUAUGAAAGCCCAAAUCACUUGUACCUGGUCAUGCAGCUUGUAUCUGGUGGAGAGCUGUUUGAUCGGAUAGUGGAGAAGGGCUUUUACACAGAGAAGGAUGCCAGCACUCUGAUCCGUCAAGUCUUGGAUGCUGUGUACUAUCUCCACAGAAUGGGAAUUGUCCACAGGGACCUCAAGCCUGAAAACCUGUUGUACUACAGUCAAGAUGAGGAGUCCAAAAUAAUGAUCAGUGACUUUGGAUUGUCAAAAAUGGAAGGCAAAGGAGAUGUAAUGUCCACAGCCUGUGGGACCCCAGGCUAUGUUGCUCCAGAAGUUCUUGCCCAGAAACCCUACAGCAAAGCCGUUGACUGCUGGUCCAUCGGGGUGAUUGCCUACAUCUUGCUCUGUGGCUACCCUCCUUUUUAUGAUGAAAAUGAUUCCAAACUCUUCGAACAGAUCCUCAAGGCAGAAUAUGAGUUUGACUCCCCCUACUGGGAUGAUAUCUCCGACUCAGCAAAAGACUUUAUCCGGAAUCUGAUGGAGAAAGACCCAAAUAAAAGAUACACCUGUGAGCAGGCAGCUCGGCAUCCAUGGAUUGCUGGUGACACUGCCCUCAACAAAAACAUUCAUGAGUCUGUUAGCGCCCAGAUCCGGAAGAACUUCGCAAAGAGCAAGUGGAGACAAGCCUUUAAUGCCACAGCCGUGGUGAGGCAUAUGAGAAGGCUACAUCUCGGCAGCAGCCUGGACAGCUCCGGUGCAGGUGUCUCAAGCAGCCUCAGUCUGGCCAGCCAAAAAGACUGCCUGGCACCUUCCACGCUCUGUAGCUUCAUUUCCUCUUCCUCGGGGGUCUCGGGAGUUGGAGCCGAGCGGAGACCUAGGCCCACUACUGUGACGACAGUGCACACUGGAAGCAAGUGACCAGCUGUGGAGGUGGGACCCAGGGGGCAGGUCCAGGGAAGGGGAGCCCCAGAGUCACCACGCUGGUGCCUCCAGUGAGACCCCACCCCUGCCUGCAUGGUGCACCUUUCUGCAUAGGACUGGAAGACAAGUUUUUUAUGGCCAUAUUUUAUACUACAGUUUUGAAGUGUUCAUUUCUCACAAACUGUAUGAACUCAAGGGGAGCUGAAUUAAUAGGAUCUGGUGCUGUAAAUAUGAAUCGUACAAAGCUCUGACUGAAUGGACCUUCUUGCCCCCAUCGUUCUGUCAUUUCCACUCUUCUCAGCGUAGACAGCUAUCUAGGGUGUAUUUUUUUCAUGACAAAAAAAAAAGGUUUGAACUGGAUUAUUUAAAUUUUGGUAAAUAUUGUGCAUUAGUGGUUUUUUCCUUUGAAGAAGUAUGUCUUUUUGAUCUGUAUCUCAGUUAUAUGACCUAUAUCAUUUGUGCUUCAAUAGUAUUUUUAUGUUAACAUUUAAGAGAUUUUUUUUCCUCGAAGGAGAAUUUAAAGGUAUUUUUAAAAAUUCUAAUAAGAAGAUCAAGAAUCUGUCUCCCAGACCAAGAGUGAACUUUACUUCUGUUCCUGCCCCUUCUCUCGCCUUCUGGGGAGGGUCAGCUCUGAAGGAAGGCAUCAUGGUGGCCCCAGCGGCUGUGUUCUCUCCAGCUCAGGGUGGGGGGGUAUGCAGAAAACCCUUUCCCUGGCUGCUUCAGCAAGCCACAUGUCAACCAUGGCAAAAGGAAGAAUCCUGCUUCCCCAAGACCCACGGCUGAACUUCACAGCGAACCAUACUCUGUGAAAGCAAUAGCCACAAAGCCAGGAUUCAAAGGGACAAGCUGCCGUCUGCGUUAUGACCCUGCAUGCAGCCCUCAUUUCUCAUGAGGGGUAAUGGAUGAAACUCUGAUCUCAGCUAUGCAGUUUUAAAAUGAAUCUCUUUCUGCUUUUUUUUAAAAAAUACAUUUCUAAUCUUAUAUCUAAAAUGGCCUCCAACACACACACACACACACACACACACACACACACACAUAUUGCUUCUGUACAUUUUUACCCAGCCUUGAAGAAGAAACCCUUUUUCUGAGUGAUAAGAAGAGGUGAUCACCAAGGGAGCAGAACACUGGCCACUGCAGAAAUGGCCUCAGACAGGCCCUGCUGUGUGCAAAGCCACUGUCACGGGCAUCCAAAGCAAAAGCCUGUGGUGACAGGAUCACCAAAGACCCCAGGCUGCUCAGCACUGAGGAUUUUCCAGGAUGUAGGACAGCUUCUAGUACUAAAAUUGGGGCUGUCUCAGGAAAACCAGGCCACAUGAAAACCACAUGGAGGUUGGGUGUGCAGGACAGAGUGAGCGCAGCACACAACCCUGGGCUAACCCUGGGGCGGCUGUCCCGUAGAGUCGGGUGGUGGAUCCCAGUGCUCCGCACACCCACUGGGCAUGCUUGGGCCCAGCCACACACAGCUCUUACCCCACUGUGCUCCUGAGGUCCCUGCUGGUCCAGUGACUGACCUGGCUGCUGCACCCAUGCCUCUGUCCUGCAGAUGCGCAGGUGUGGACAGUCCUCUUGGGCAAGGCCUUGUCACUUCUGUGCUUUGCCUGUGUUUAGUGAUGUUCCCCUGACCCUCCAUGAUGCACACACACACACACAGGCACAGCGCGCACACACAGAAUGUUACCGAGCUCACAGCCCCAUCCCUCAUAACUAAGGACACCAGCAUAGGAGGUGUAAGAAUAGCGGGGAAUACACGCAUCUGCCACCUGUCCCCACCUGCCUCAUAGGCAGAAUCCUGCUGGGCUUCUGUCACACAAGUAUCAGAGAAUUUAAGCUAUCACUCUUUCAUAUCUGCAAAAAGCCUGGAAAAGGCCUACAAAAUGACAAUAGGCCCAGUGAAGAAACAAGUGUCACCUACAUUGGAGAUACAUCAACCUCUUUCUUCCCUUAAGGUAGACAGUGACAUUAGUAUUAAACGCAUAUUUGAGAAAACCAAGGCGUCCAUCUAUGCUCAUGAGUAUGUUGCUUACCAACUAGUGCCAUGGGAACAUUCACAUUUAUACAGUAUAAAAAAUAAUAAAUAAAUAGAAGGCUACAGGGGUGAUGGUUUGCCUGAAUAUGAUACUUCUGGGGUGAAUAUGAGUUAU